GUGCGUUUUACAUAUGAUUUUUUUUUUUUUUUUAAUCUGGGUGGCGAGAAACGAAGAGAAAAUCUCGUGACCCUGUUCUCUCGGGGGAGCGCACACUCUCGUGUUCCUCCUCCAUCGAUGUAAGAAAGAAAUAAAAACACGAACUUUGCUUGUUGUUUUUGUCCGUAGGGCCUAGUAGAUAGCGAGGUUUGCCUCCAAAACAGAGAGAUCGAGGGGAAUUUAUGAGCACGAGAUCUCGAUUCCCCCAUAACAUCAUCAUCAUCAGUAGGGUUUGGAAUCGAGGCACAAUGAAAUUGAAUCCUAUUUGGAAGCUGGUGGCUAUUGGGUUAUUACUUCUUGCCUCAGUUAUUGGCUCUUUUGCGGAACUUGAUUUUGGUAAUUGCGAAAGAGUAGUGAAAAAUUGGGCUGAUUCUUCUUCCUCUCGUGAAGAACAUGUCAACAAUGACAAACGCUCGCUAAAGGAUUUGCUCUUCUUUCUUCAUGUUCCUCGAACUGGAGGCAGGACUUAUUUUCAUUGUUUCUUGAGGAAAUUGUAUGAUAGCUCUGAGGAAUGUCCUCGAUCUUACGACAAACUCCACUUCAAUCCAAGGAAGGAAAAGUGCAAGUUGUUGGCAACACAUGAUGAUUAUAGUGUGAUGGCAAAGCUUCCGAGGGAGAGAACUUCGGUGAUGACUAUAGUUCGGGAUCCUAUCGCGCGUGUGUUAAGCACUUAUGAAUUUUCAGUAGAGGUAGCAGCUAGAUUUUUGGUCCAUCCCAAUUUAACUUCUGCGUCAAGGAUGUCUAGCCGCAUACGCAAGAGCAAUGUAAUAAGCACGCUAGACAUUUGGCCAUGGAAAUACCUUGUUCCAUGGAUGAGAGAAGACUUGUUUGCUCGGCGAGAUGCACGAAAAGUUAAGGGCGUAGUCAUAAUUGAGGACGAUAACCCAUAUGACAUGGAGGAGAUGCUUAUGCCUUUGCGCAAAUAUCUCGAUGCGCCUACUGCUCAUGACAUCAUCCACAAUGGAGCCACAUUUCAGAUUACAGGAUUGACAAAUAACUCCUAUUUAUCAGAAGCCCACGAGGUUCGGCAUUGUGUGCAGAAGUUCAAAAGCCUUGGUGAGCAUGUUCUCCAGGUUGCCAAGAGGAGGCUCGACAGCAUGUUGUAUGUUGGACUUACAGAGGAGCACAGGGAAUCUGCAUCACUGUUUGCAAAUGUAGUGGGUUCUCAAGUUCUGUCUCAAGGUGUGCCAUCCGACGCAACUGCUAAAACCAAAACUUUUAGAUCAGAAGCAAGUGUCACAAUUUCAGAACCCAGGUCAGAUAAGAGUAAUAUUCAGAAUGGUACAUCUGAAGUUGCAUCGAAUAUAACAACAGAAGCUAAGAGCGGAAAUAUGACGGUAAAAACCCUAAUGGAAGUCUAUGAAGGCUGCAUUACUCAUUUACGGAAGUCCCAAGGAACCAGACGGGCAAACUCUUUGAAGAGAAUAUCUCCAGCAAAUUUUACCAAAGGGACGCGUACAAGAGUUCCUAGAGAGGUCAUUCAGCAGAUCAAAUUGCUUAACAACCUCGAUGUGGAGCUUUUCAAGUAUGCAAAAGAAAUCUUUGCCAAAGAGCAUGAGUUAGUGUCGAAGAAAUUGAUUUCAACUUCUAAGAGAAGCAUAGGGGAUCUGCCGAGUGAGAUAAGGAGCGUUUUUGGAGAAAUGGGUGAUGAGAAGCUGUGGAAGUUGUUACCAGUGGCCUUGAUUCUUUUAUUGCUAUUUCUCUUGUUUCUAUUUGUAAACGCUAGAAGAAGAAGAACCUCAAAGGUCAAGAUUUGAUUGAUGAUCGAUCCUCUUUGUCUGUCACUUUAUUUUUGGGGCCAAAUGAGCAAUUUGGAAAAGCUUUAGGGGCCAAAUUGUAAUAUUCUUUUCGACUUUUCGUGGAAAAGAAAAAGUUUAGGGUGUUUUGCCUUAACAGGUGAAAAAGGGAAAUAUAUCACAAGUAAACCUC